UAAGCAGCGCCGCUACCAUGAAGCCGCCGAGGCGGCCGCGCGUGGCCCCGUCGCGGUUCGCGGAGGUCCCGGGAGACGCGGGGGACGCGGGACGGGCCUGGUCGGUGCGGGAGAAGCGGGCGCUGCUGGCGGGGCUGCGAGCACAGGCCGCCAUGGCGCUCCCCGAGCCGUUACCGGGGCUCCUGAGGGAGAGGCUGCCCCGGCGCAGCGAGGCCGAGAUCCGCGCCCUCCUGUGCCGCCUGCGCGGCCGCGCCGCCCGUGAAGCCGUGGGGACGCGGUUCCGUCUCUGCCUGGAGCGACAACGCCAGCGCCGGGCUGUGCCCCCCGCCCCCAUCGAGGUGUGGUUGGAGCUGGCGCAGACCCUGGCGGAGGCGUUGGAGGAACCGAUGACGGCCGCGCUGUCACAGGUCCUGACGGUGGCGGGUACGGAGCCUCUAAGCCUCCUCCGCUCUGUCCCCCCGCGUUCCCCAGCACCGACGGAUUUGGGGGGGCCCAAUCUGGACCCCCCCGAAACCCAAGACCCCCCCGAAACCCAAGACAGCCCCUCGGAUCCCCCCAGAACCCCUUCUGGGGAAUUAACCGUGGAUUUCCAAAGGGUGUAUGAGUUUUUGGGGUUACUCUGCUGCGGUAAGGGGGUGGCCGUGCCCCCCCCAGGAGAGUGUGCGGUGCUGUUGGCGCUUUUGGGGGGACUCCCCCCGGAACUGGGGGUGCUGGACCGGGAGGCACUGGGGGGGCACCUGCGGGGGGUGUACAGCGACCUCAGCACCCCUCAGCCCCCCCACCCCAAAAUGAACCCCCCAUGCCCUGAAAUGCCCCCCCCCUCUUAUGGUGACGUGCGCCCCUUUAGCCACGCCCCCUCGCUCGCCCCGGAAGUGCUCGGCCGGAAGUGCCCUCGGUGGCGGGCGGGGCUGGGCGGGCGCGCAAUGGCGGCGGCCGGGGGUCCCAGCCGGUAA